UGCAGAGGAAAAUAUGGCUACUUUUUGUUUACUUGUUUCGUGGAUUUCUGUUCGGAUUUUGUGAAUUUUCUUGGAGGUCAUCCUAGUAAAAUAAGUGCAUAUAGUUUAUUUGAAGUACUGAGUGGUUUUAUGUAAGCACAUGCAUGGUGCCAUGGGAACAUAAACGAGUUUGUAAUCCAUGGUUGAUCACCGAUCGAGAGAUGUUUAUGUUGUUUAAGUUUAAAACUUCCUCUAAAUCUUGAGUUAGCAGUAUUCUACAAGGAUAAAAUGGCUGCAGCAUGGAGGAAAAAAUCUCUGAAUGACUUUGGAAGACUUUAAGAAACAGAAGUUCAUGUUUGUGAAAUUUAAAGCUUGACAAUGACGACUGAGGUGAUCGAAGUCAGCUGACUUUGGCUGAUGCAGAAGCGAUAGUCACCAAACAUUGAACAAGGCCAUAAAUUAAGAAACGUUAAAGAAGCAACAUGGACAGUACUGACAGAGCUUUGAGAGAAAAGAUGAAAAAGAGAAGGGCUGCAAUGGAGGCCACAAUAAUGUCAGACACAGGAUCUUACAGAUCUGACACAGAGGACACUCUACAUCAAACAGUGACUCCAGUACGCAGCACAGACACGCCUGUAAGACCAGCAACUAGGACAGAGAUAGAGACUCUUAGUCCAGCAGGAGACACCAUGGUUGAGUCUUUACAGGAUCUUGAAGAAGAUGGGGAUUUGCUACAGGAUCUUCAGACAAGAAGGCAGCAGAGAAAAGAUGAGCUUUCCAAUACUUUUGAUGGGGCAUGGGGAGAAGAAAGGACCAAUGCAGAAUCACCGUCUGCAGGUCCCUCCAGGCUUAGUGAACCAGGCCCCAGGCUUCAGCAAAUUAUGGAUUCUGGCAAGUCCUCAUCACCAGGGGAAAGCAUGAGUCUGAAUGCCUCUAUUAGAGAAAGGCUCAGAAGUAAAGUGCGAGGAAAACAGGCAGUUCCCAGAUCUGGAGAAGGAGAGGGCACACCAAAACGAAGACUGCGUGGCUUAAGAGACAGACCUUUACCAACAAGAUUUGAUGAUGCAGGGCUUUUGGGUGAUGUUCCAGAAGAAGAUGACACAGAAGAUGCUGAACUUCAAGCAAGCAUAGCAAGUGCAAACAAAUGGAGAAAGAUGGCUACACUGACACGACAGAGAGCUGCAGAGGGUAUCCCCACAGAAGAAGAAGCAUUCAAUUUUUUUGUGGGAAAAGAGACAAUGGACAAAGACAAGAGAGAAGCAGAGGACACUGAAGAAGAACCCGAGGAGCCAACUGAACAGCCACUAAGAGAAAAUGAACUGCUGACAUUCUGGGGCAAGCCUCCCUAUAAACCACUGGCAAAACAGUUAGAGGAUGAAAUCGAAAUUUACAAUAUACCCAGUAUGAGAUCUGUUCCAUUGGAUGAAAAAGUCCCUGAAGGUGUUGAGCCUCGAUUUUGGGAAGAAGAGGGUUUCUAUGUGGGCAAACCACCACAAGUUUCUCCUGCCAAUUUGAACAUUAUGGAAAACAGGAUAAAGGAGGGCAACCAGACCCAUUGGUUUGGAGAAGAUGGCCAGUUGAAGAGGUUAUCCUCUCCACUGAAGGAAAAACCAACAAGACCUCCAGUUAUAAACCUUGAGGAGGUUGAUCCUCUGUUACAAACAGAGUGGAUAAAGGCCCAAGUGGAGCCAUUUGAUGGCAGAUUCAUAGGCUCAACAGAUGAGGGAGGUGCUCAAUAUCAGCUUGAUGUUGAUUUAUCCACUCUGACUUUCACCCAUCACCCAUUGUUCAGCAAGGAACAUGUCUUGGCUUCCAGACUACAGCAGCACCAUAAACAGUAUACAGAGAGAAGGAGAAAAGCCCUUUCCUCCCACUAUUCCGACAAGCUGACAGCAUUAAAGAUUGCUCUUCAGCAGCUUCAAGAAAAUGCAGAAAAGGUGGGAAAAGGAAAAGCAAGAGCAGUUUCAAUAUCAGAUACAGACAAGAGAAUUAAAGAGUACAAAGAUCAAAUCAGACAAACAAGAAAACUACGAGAUUCAGAGGACCACAGCGAUAGAAUUUUACUCAAGAACUUGUUAAAGUGCUGGCGUGAAAUUAAAACUCUCAGAGAAUACCAGGGUUAUGUGAACACCCAGUUAAAGUUGACGAUAAGAAGAGAGGAAACAAAUAAAGAAGAGGAUCAGGCAUUGUUUGAGGAAGAAUUGGCUGACGAACUACAAGAAAGAAGGGAAGAGUUUGAUGAAGAAUAUCUAAGCAAACAAGCGGAGUAUGAGGAGGAAUUAAGAGAGUGGAAAAAAGAAGCAAAGAGAAGGAAAAGAGCACGCCAGGAAACCCAAGAGUCCAGUCUUGUCGAAGGAGAAGGUGAAACAGAUGGACUUCCUCCUCGACCCACACGUCCCCCGAAGUUUGACGAAGAAGCAGAGUACGAAAACCUCAAACAGAAUGCUGUGGAAAAGAGACGCGCUCCAGGCGAACCUAUCCUCAUCCCUGAACUUCAAAUGACAGCUAAUGUUACCACUACUGAUCAGGUCACAAGGCCUGAGAAACAGAGGCGCACUGAGAUGCAAAACUGGUCAGCAUUCAUUAAAGUCUUGUUCAAUGGCAAAGAGGUAUCGAGGACAAUCGUCAAGAGACUGUCAAAUGACUUUGCGAUCCACUUUGGUGAAAUACACAACAUUCAGAUUGUCCAAUGGCCAGAGAACAUCAAACUCCAGUUAAUGGAAUCUGGUAUGCAAAGCAAGCUUGUUGCUGAGCUGUUCCUACCGAUUCCUGAGCCUAGUCACAUGUCUGGGAGAGUGGAGCUGGGGUCUUUUGAGUUCAGUAGUGAUCAUCAGGUUUUCUACAAACACGAAGGUGUAGGAAGUGGGCAACCGCUUGACUUUGCCUCUAACAAUGCUGCUGAGCCGCAACCCCCGGUCUACCUCUUGACCUCUGGUACUGUCUUGGCAAGUGUGAGCUGGGGUGUAGGUAAUGAUGGCAAAGCUAUGGCGCCACCCUUACUUACAGGAAAAUCGGCUUCAAAUUUAAGUGCCAUGAAAAAGUACGAUGCAUUGGCAGCUCUUGGAGCUGCAGGAAUGGUGGAUAUACAAAAUGUAAUAAAAUGGAUCGAACAAUCCCAUUUGGAUCCUAAUGACCCAGCCAAUGCUGAUAUCAUGAACAUCAUUAAGCUCACUCAGGGAGUACAGGAUGGACCAAAUGCUCCACAGUACUUUCGACUAAACCAGUUGGACGAAGAGUGUGAAUUUGUCAGCCAAAAGGAGUUCGUAAAGUCUAAGCGGUUCAAGCUCAUUCAACUAAGAGACAAAGGGGUGACCGAGUUCAAGAAUUUUAAAAUGAUUCCAUCACGGGAUAGAGAAAUACCUGACAACCUUUUCGACGCGUAUGAAAGAAGAAUGCGCGGCGAUCAAGAGGAAGAAGAAGCUGAAGAUGAAAUUUCCUCUCACAAGACAGUUGUUACGAAGUUUUUGAACAAGAUCCGGGAUGAGGUUACACAGCGUUCUCUGAUCGCCAAGCGACAGCUUGAAUUGAAAGAUAUGAUCAUUGAGGAUGAAGUGCCAGACAUUAGUGAGAUCGGAGUUCGCUUUGGACAGUUCUUCGCUCCCAGACGGCCUCUUCGUCCUGUCCGCAAGGAAAGAAAAGUAGUUGGAGCUCAGAAUCUGACUGUCAGUGAUGUUAAAGUAUUUAUAAACAUUGUGCGUGCUUUGGAUAUUCCAGUUCGGGAUGACGUGCAGCCAGCAGGUGGUACUCAAGGAGCCGGAGCUCGUUUUGGCGCAGGAGGCUCGUUACGAGCUGGAGCCUCUAAUAUGUUUUCGGGAAGUGGUCCUGGUUAUGGUGGGUUUCCUCCAAGUGGUCCUCAGGGAGCUCCGCGAACGUCAAGUGACCCGUGGGGGAAGCCCCAAGUCCGUCCCUUCGUAGAGGCAGUGUUUCAGGGACAAUUUGCUAGUACUACAGUUGCUGAUGGUCCCAGUCCCAGUUGGAACGAGGAGCUUAUCAUACCUUUCAAAGCCCCUAACAAUGACUACUCGCCAGAGAAUCUUCAAACCGUCAACGAUGUGGUUUAUCUCAAUCUGUUCGAUGAAGUCGUGUUCAACAUUUUACAAGAUGAUCGCCAACAAUCCACGAAUAUUCAUCAGCGACUUGAGCGCCACUGGCUGGGAAGUGUUGAGAUUCCCUUCUCGACUAUUUAUUUCAACAAUAAGGUGGAGGGCACGUUUCGUGUGAAUACUCCCCCAGUCCUCCUCGGUUAUCACAAACGGGGACGUCAUUUGGGGGCACCAGCCGACUUGGGUAUUAUAUCCAGAAAUGACACUCUACUGACACUGUUUGUGACAAUAGAACCGCCAUUACAACCUUCACAACCUAUGGCAGAUAGGUUUGAAAGCAACGAGGAUGAUAAACUUUUACAUAACGCACAGUUGUGGCUUUCAGGCCUGAGGAAAAAGUUUCCAAAAAGAGAAUUCAAGGCACUGGCAACUAACCUGGCAGGCAAGAAAGUGUUUUUGACCCGCUACAUCAGAUCGCAAAAUCCUCCUGCUGAGUUACUUGAAGAAACACAAUACAAAAUGGAACGUAUUGCUCGUUUUGUGUCCAUGAUUCCUUUUGUAUCUGACUCUGCUGCGUUUCCGGAUCUUUGUGAUAUCUGGUCCACUUCCGAGGAAUUUCUUCGAAUGUUGGCAGGGGACGAGGAAGAACAUGCUGUCCUACUCUGUAAUUAUUUCUUACAUAUUGGCAAGAGAGCUUACGUUGUUCUCGGAAGAGGAAUACCUGAAGGCUCCACGGCUUAUGUUCUGACGUUGGAUGGAUCCCCUCUGUUGUGGAAUGCUCAUACGGGACAUAAAUAUGAUGUACAGGAUACUAAUUGCCCGUUAAAAGGCAUUGGUUGUGUCUUUAAUCACGAAAAUAUCUGGGCUAAUGUCCAGGUAUCUGAAGAGCCAUAUAGACUGUUGUUCGACUUAACAAAAACCAACUCGUGGCAGCCUUUCUUUACCAAGGCGUAUCCAAGGCCGGGGUUACUAAGCAACCAGAGGGAAAUUCUUGAAUACAAGCGUGUGGACCAGGAAUAUGUCACUGGACUUCAAGAAAAGAUUGAAAAGAUGUUGCGAGAGAAAAUAAUGUCGUGGAGACCUCGUUUUGUCACCAGAUGGAACAGAUACUGUACACAAGCAUUUAGGAGUCUUUUAGCCAGCAUGGAACAGAGUGUCAGUAACGCUGCUAAUGUAAAUCAUGCGGCUGAGCUGGACCAAAUUCUCGCCUCUUACAAGUUGUCUGGUUUUCCCAUCAACAUGUCCUUUACCGACAUGCCUCCAGUAUCGGAGGCGGUGUUCAGCACUGGCGUGCACUCAUUAGAGGACCCAGAUGUAGAAUUCGCUUUAGCUGUGCACAUUCAUCCCUACCCCCAGGGGGUGUUUUCGUUGUGGAUUUAUGUGGGAACUCUAAGAAGAAGAGCUGGUUAUUAAACGUAGCCUCACACCUUCGCCCUCUUAUUGAGCACUUUGGAAGUGACUAAGAGAAAUUCCUUCAA